AUGGACGAAGGAGGCGGAAUGCUCGCCAGAAUCACGACCACAGCGACGAUGAUAAGGGAAGCGACGACGACGGAGAACCCGGCGAUCGAGGAGAUUUCACACAUUUACUUUCUGACGCCUACUAUGAAGGUACUCUGAUUUAUUUACGUUUUUGCAAAUCAUUUCAAUUGUAAACCUAAAAGUGACUGAAAACGGUCUAGAGAAGUGAACGAUUUCAAAAGAAAUCUCUUUCAAAAGAAACUACCCAUUUUUCAGAUGCUGUGCAUCCUGUUCUACAGUGUUCUCUGCGUCUUCUGUGUCUACGGAAACGUGCUCGUCAUCCUUGUUAUCAUGUACUUCAAACGACUCCGAACCGCCACGAACAUUCUGAUUCUGAAUCUGGCAGUCGGUAGGUCCCUUCCCUUCCCUUCGGCCAUUUCCACCCGAUUCCGUUUGCAGCUGACCUCCUGAUAUCAGUGUUCUGCAUUCCGUUCAGCUACUGGCAAGUGUUGAUCUUCGACGAUCAACGAUGGCUCUUCGGCUCGAUGAUGUGCUCCCUGCUGGCGUUUCUGCAGGCGAUGGCCGUCUUCCUGUCCGCCUGGACCCUCGUCGUCAUCUCUUUCGAUCGCUGGAUGGCCAUCAUGUUCGUGCUGACGCCCUCGAUCCGCAUCACGACGAGAAGAGCGCUUUACCUCGUGGCCGCCACGUGGAUCUUCAGUAUUCUUAUGGCUCUUCCGCUUCUGUUCACGACGCGCUCCUUCGAAAACACGGAAGGAGUGGAGAACUGCGGCGAGAACUGGACGUAUUUCGGCGACGCGGGCGAGCAAGUGCGCAAAGUGUACUCGUCGAUGGUCGUCAUUCUGCAGUACAUCGUCCCGCAAGCGGUGCUCAUAAUCACCUACACCCACAUCGGCAUCAAAAUGUGGAACAGUCGGGUGCCCGGGAUGCAGAACGGAGCAACGAAGAAGAUGAUUGUGGACAGGCACGAGAGUGUCAAAAAGGUUCGUGUCUGGUUUAUAUAUAGACGGCAAUAGACGGAAGAAAAUGCGUAUGUUGCAGCUGGUCCCCAUGGUCAUCCUCAUCUCGGCCCUCUUCGCUCUCUGUUGGCUCCCUCUGCUCAUUCUGAUCAAUGUGAUUCCGGAGUUCUACCCGAACAUCAACAGCUGGGGAUACAUUCUUUAUCUCUGGUACCCUUUUCACAUCUCGACUUCCCCUUCUGAACCACUCGAUUCAGGUGGUUUGCACACGGUCUCGCAAUGCUCCAUUCCAUUGUCAAUCCGGUCAUUUAUUUCAUUCGGAACGCGCGUUUCCGCGAGGGCUUCUGCUAUUUCUCGUCGAAACUGCUUCCGUGUGUCGCGUUCAAAGAGUUCCAUCUGCUGACGGACCAGACGAGUCGGAGGUACGUUCCUUCGGUGCCCUCUUCUACGUUCAGUUCAUCGUGUUCAUCACUUCUUCUCACUCUAACUAUUCAUUUCAAUUCAUCUAUUCAGUUUUCGAAAUCGUUCGCGUUUUUCUGGCGUCAUAAAUCCGGCGUCGAGUGACGAGAAAACAGCUGUAAGCAAGGGGCCCACUCUCUGCAUCUCGCUACUUCUUCUUCUUCUUCUUCUUCUUCUUCUCACUCUAACUGCUUCCGUUCCUAACGCUUCUGUUCCCUUGGUUACAUGCACAAAUGCCCAAUGUUUGGUUUCUCACUGAUUUGCAUCCGCACAUCAUGCACUUUUGCACAAGCGAAUACGAGCUUUCUAAGUAUUCCUAGCGAGAAACUCAUUAAACUGUUCGAACAAACUUUUAGUGUAGCUAUGAAAAAUUGAAAUUAUCUUUGAAAAUGCACGGAAUAACGUCGUUCUUCUUGAAGCUCGAAGCUCCGCCCACUUUCACAACCUAGCCGCUUAUCAGUUUCGUAGCGUUGCACAGAAGUACUUUUUCAAAGUGGCGGCCGCGAAAUUUGACCUUUUAUAGUUUCUCUCUUCAAAAUACGCAAAAAACAGCGACUUUCUACACUAUUCGAAAUUCAAAUUUUCUUCAACCAAUUUGUUUGAAGCCCUGGUAUUCAUUUUUUUUCUUCCAAGCUGGAAAAAUAUAGAAAAUCGUUGUUUUUAUUGUGUUUCCAAUACAAAUUAUUAAUCGAUCGCGGCCCGCUGUCCUAAAAUUGCGGAAAAGCGCAAUUGGACAGUUCCGAAAGAACUUCCGUCCAACUGUGUAGUUGCCUUCCUUCCCCUCGCUUCUUCAACUGACAUCUCCCCGUAUUUUACAGGCACCGUUUACGAGAUAUCAACGAAACGGAGGCUUUGACGGCAGCCGACAGACGUGUCGUUCGGCCCGUUUCGAAGCGAGACCUCUCGUGCUCGUCCGGAACGUCUCCGCCAACUCUCUCGCGUAG